GUGGUUAUCGAGCAAGCAUUUGGAAAGUUGAAGGGGAGAUGGCGUUGUCUCCUAGUCAAACUCGACGAGUCGGUGGACAAGAUACCUCUGACUAUUAUAACCUGCUGUAUUUUACAUAAUAUCUGCAUUGAAGUUCGCGACGAUGUCGAGGUGGACCCCGAGGAUGAUGAUCCAGACGACCUUCCCCCACUACCAGGUCACAUGAACCGCGAAGGUUCCCGGCUAAGGAACAAGAUCAAGGAAGCCUUUUUCAGUUACUGAUGCAUAUUUAAUCAACAAAUUAUCCUCAAAAAAACCUUGAACCGUCAUUUCAUUACAGAAAAUGUAGCUUCGGAGCUCAGAUAAAUCAGAUGUUGAAAAAAUGUUAUUGAGUUAAAAGUUAUGUAUCUUUUAAAUGUGCUCUUAAUCAGAAGUUUCGUUGCUUGAAAUGUGAUAAUUUCAAGAAAAGUGAUUCAGUAAAUCAGACUUACUUCAAAAACUUAAUUUCGACAAAAUGACAUUGACAAUAAUUUCUUUUUGCUUGUUUUCAAUUCAGAUAAUUUCAUAUCUUACAUAUGUCUCCUAUAAGAGAAACAAUCCGAUUAAGUUUAAAAAUGAUUGGAGCAAUAAAUUAGGCAUAAUAUCAUGAGCUUUAAAAUUUAAAAUAUUUUACUACAAACGAAACAAUAUUAAAAAUAAAGUUAUUGUCCUGGAAUUGAUGUAAUAUUUGUUCAUAUGAAGUAUUGAAGAGUUUCACGUGUACUUUACUCUCCCUUAAAGAUUUUUGCAACCUCUUUCACCAUGGAGAACAUCAUUUGCUGACUUUUCAUUUCCCUCUCCGCUUCCUUUUCAGCCAGCUUUUCAAAAAAUUCGUGGUCGCGUUUUUGGCUCUCAUUUAAGAAGGCAAAAUAUUCUGCGUUGCCACUAGAUUCCGUUUUUCUGGACCUUUUAGCUGGAGGCUGGGUUGAUGAACUAGCCUUCUUACCCUUCUGGUUUCCAUCGCUUCCACAUUUAUUCUUGAAGAAAAGUGACUCGGAAAAUGCCAGGUCUUCAUCUCCGGAUUCAGCAGAUUUGGCUGAUUUUGGGCCCUUUUGUUUGGAUGAGUUCGGCGUAGUAGCCAAGCGCUUUUUGCCCUUUUUGGCAGCUGGUUCACGCCUAAAAAGCGCCUCCGAAAGGCUCUGCUCCUCUCCAUCCCUGAUGCUCUCGUCGUCACCGGACUCUGAUAAAUCUUCCAAUGAUGGUCCAGGAAUUGCCGCCGGGCGGAGUUGUAAAUCUAUGAAACCACAUUCAACAACGGUUUUCGGUGUAAUUUUGGCUCGGCAGCCCAGCAUCUCGUUUAACUCUUCAUAA